AUGAGCAUCAGUGAAUUGAAAAUUCAUAUCAAGACCUGGGAGCAUCAAUUUAUACAGAAACAUGAUAGAGCUCCUACAAAAGAGGAUAUAAAAACACUCCCAGAUAUUAAACAAUUGUACAAAAAAUAUUCGUCGUUGAAGAAGGGUGCAACUUCAGAGAAAGAGCACAAAGAAACAGGACAUCAUAAUUUUAAUAGUAAUGACAUAUUAAGUAGAAAUGUAACUUCCAAUCAUGAAGAGAUAACAGAGAUAGAUAAUAAUAGAAAUAUAUUUGCUAGUCCUAUAAGGAAAAUAAAACAAGAAGAUGAAACAUUUGGACCAACACCUCAAAUUUUUGGGAAAGCUAUAAGCAUAUUUGAUAUGAAAAUAUCCCCAAUAAAACAAAUAUCUUUAACGAACAUUGAAAUUUCUACACCUAGUAACUUAUCACCUGCAAGUACAAUAUCUGCAUCAUCACCCAAUUCAUAUUCUCGAGAGAAUUCUACUGUUUCAGAUGUCACUAUUAAGCGUCGAUUGCAAUUUAAUAUCACACCAAUAUCCUCCCCAAAUAAAAAUUCUGAUUUAGUCCCAGACAGAGAUACUGAGAUCUCAAUGGGCAAUAGCAUAGAGAAAAAUAGAUUGCAUCCUCCUAAAACAUUACAUUUAAAGUAUGGGCCCAAUUCUCCAUUGAAGUUAGAAGAUCAAAACGUAAAGAUCAAACUUAGAAGAACACCAAUCAGAAGAACAACAUCCCAGUAUAAGAGAAAUCUUGAAAGUAAAGAUUCCUUUAGCCCUUCUCCAUUGCUGAAAAGACCAUUGACAAAAUCUAUAUUAGAACUUGCACAGGAACAUGAGGCUAUUGUUGAAGAGUUCACACAGUUGAAUGAACAAUUAAGAAAGGAGAAAACGGAAGUUGAACCGUCAACAAAUGGCUAUAUAUCUGACAAUAUAGACGAAGAGAUGAUCUCACAGACUGGUAUAAGGGAUAUAUUUAAUGAAGAUACCGAAGAAGUAAGCAAAUCAAAAACUGUCAAGGUUAAAAGAAGGAGGGUUAUUCGUCGUUACGAGCAAGCAACUAAUGAUAAAAAUGCUAUACCAUUAAAUUUACAUAAGGAACUGAUAAAGCUUAAAAAAGAACAAGUUAAAGGUUAUAUGAGUAAUGAGAAUGAUAGUGAAGACAAUUCUAAUAGUGAUGAUAAUUCUGAACUAAUAGAGUCAGGUGAGACAGAUAAAUCAUUGGCCGGGUCUAAGACUAAACCAAAGAGAAAGAGACCAAAGAAAUAUAAUUUGGUUAGUAAUAACUUUAGAAGAUUAAAAUUACCACGCAAAAAUAAAUUUAAAGGUCGCUGGGGUGGAAGAAGAUAG